AUGGGGCUGUGGAACCUGCAGCAUGAUCCCUGCAGGCUGUAUGUGGCGUUUGGUGUCUGUAUCAAUGCACUGCCACUGACCAUUGCUGUAUGUGACCUCGUGUGUAAACUGCUGCUCCAAAGACUGGAACUGGUGAAUCUCUUCCUGACUGGGAAAAUAGAAAGUGCUGUUACCUCGUUAGCUGCUUGCAGUGGAGAACUGGAACAGCACACAGAGAGACGGGGAGUCAUCUGUAGUCCUUCUUGGCCAUUGAACUAUCCUCCAGCUGUAAACUGCAGCUGGUACAUUCAAGGAGAUCGUGGAGACAUGAUAACAAUUAGUUUUAAGAACUUUGAUUUGGAAGACUCUCAGAAGUGUGCAGUAGACUGGUUGAUGAUUGGCCCAUCUUCCAAGAGGGAGGAGUACAAAGUGUGUGGAUCUUCCAUACCUCCGUCUUUCAUCUCUGCAAGGGACCAUGUUUGGAUAUUUUUUCACUCAGAUGCAUCAAGCUCAGGACAGGCUCAGGGAUUUCGCCUUUCUUAUAUUAGAGGAAAGAUAGGUCAGGCUGUAUGCCAGUCAGAUGAAUUCCGUUGUGCAAACGGAAAGUGUAUUCCCAGUACUUGGAAGUGUAAUUCCAUGGAUGAGUGUGGUGAUAACUCGGAUGAGAGAAACUGCACUGUCCCUCCGACAGAGCCUCCAUCCAGCAUCUGUCCCUCAGGAAUGUUCCAGUGCAGUGCAGCCCACUCCACCAAGUGCUUGAUGAACGAGCUGAGAUGUAAUUCAGUUAAGGACUGCAGUGAUGGUUCGGACGAAGAUAAUUGUCCUGAUCUUUCCUGUGGCAAAAGGCUGGGUAAUUUUUAUGGAUCUUUUGCUUCCCCAGACUUAUUCCGUGCUGAUCACAGCAGAUCAGACCUUCGUUGCACGUGGUACGUGGACACACAAGAUAAUCGACAUGUCCUGUUGCAGCUUGAUUUGCAGUUAGGCUACAACGACUAUGUAAAGGUGUAUGAUGGCAUUGAAGAGAGAGGUGACAAAUUAAUGCAAACAUUUUCGUACCACAACAAUAGGCACUCGGUGAGUGUGGAGUCAUCAAAGGGCCAGCUCACUGUCUCAUAUCAUGCCCGCUCCAAGAGCACUGGCCAUGGGUUCAAUGCAACCUAUCAGGUGAAAGGCUAUUGCCUUCCUUGGGAACACCCUUGUGGAAGCGAUGAGGAGUGUUUCACAGAUAAGCAGCAUUGUGAUGGCUGGUGGCACUGUCCAAAUGGCAAGGACGAGGAGAACUGUCCCGCUUGCCAGAAGAAUGAAUACCCAUGUGAAGGAAACAGUGGGCUUUGUUACUCAAUACUUGACCGCUGCAAUAACCAAAAGAACUGCCCAGAUGGCUCGGAUGAAAAAAACUGCUUUACUUGCCAGCCAGGAAACUUCCAUUGUGGUACAAAUCUGUGCAUCUUUGAGACUUGGCGCUGUGACGGCCAAGAAGACUGCCAGGAUGGAAGCGAUGAACAUAACUGCCUGGUGAUCGUUCCCAGGAAGGUCAUCACAGCUGCUCUGAUUGGGAGUCUUGUGUGUGGCUUGCUGCUGGUGAUAGCACUGGGUUGUGCAUUUAAAUUAUAUUCUCUGAGGACCAGGGAAUACAGAGCGUUUGAGACCCAGAUGACGCGACUUGAGGCAGAGUUUGUGCGGCGGGAAGCUCCACCUUCCUAUGGGCAGCUGAUUGCACAAGGACUUAUCCCCCCAGUUGAAGACUUCCCUGUGUACAAUGCAUCACAAGCUUCUGUGCUGCAGAACAUUCGAACAGCUAUGAGGAGGCAGAUGAGACGACACUCGUCAAGACGGAGCUCGUCUCGGCGGCGCUUGGGCAGGCUCUGGAACAGACUCUUCCACAGACCUCGGGUGAGAGGACAGAUCCCACUCCUGACGCCCGCCCGCACUUCACAGACUACCCUGGGUGAUGGAAUCAUCAACCGUGCUGAUGGGACUAUUCGGAGUCCUCCACCUUCUCCCGAAGGACCUAGUUUAGAGGCAGAUGCCCACGGCCAAGCCAGGGGCCUACAAGAAGCUGGAUGUAGCAGCUUGCAGCCAGAGACUGAAAUCACAGAGCCAUCGCCUUCAAAUGUCUUACCGAAUACUUGCACAGCUGCACAUGCAGAGCCUGAGGCUGGACACGCUGAUAAAUCUUUAGGUGGUGAGACCUCUGGCAGUGAGCUUAAGCAGUCCAGAAAAGCGGAUUCAGGAAAGGCUUUCAGAGAUCCUUUGUCUGAAAGUGUCACAGAAACGAUCCAUGGAGGGUCAGCAUCCAGGAGGACUGUCCCAGAGGGCAGUAGUUUAAGUAGAAGUCAUCCACUGAGUGAAGAGCCGUGUAGGUUACCCUUAAAAAAGUGGGAGUCUGCUUAUUCAGACAGCCCUAUGAAUGUUCAUAUCCAAGUGGAUGGACAAAACCGAUGUUGCCCUAACUCAUACCGGGAGGAGCCUUUGGGUAUUCAUGCGGCUUGUUGCCAUUCUGUGGAAGUGCCAAUAUUAGAGUCCUCUACUCCCCUCUCCGAAAUUAAUACCAGUGAUGAUGAAUCUUUACUUGUUUGCUAAUAAAAAGUUUUGUUUUGGCCCUGUAAAUUUUGUAACUUCAUUGUUUAUAUGACAGUGCACUUUGAUGAUAGGUGGUAUGUCUGUGCUCUCAACUUUGUCUCUUAAAACCAGUGUGCUUUAAUCCCCCAGGGAGUACAGUACAAGACUAAAUGGGACAAGUUUUUGUCUUCAUUGCUAUUCCUGAAACUCCAGUGGGGCCGAAGUAGGCCAGUAUACGAUGUCAGGGGCUAGGAGAGCAAGAGUGUGUCACUGCAGUUUGGAGGCAUCUCCAUCCUCUGGUAUUUCUUCUGUGCAUUUAUUCACUCUGCGUUCAGGGAAUUAGUGUUUCUUUGCUUUUCAAGUGGUCUUACUGAAACUAGAGAACUCUGUUGGAAUCUGGGGCAGGCACCAGUCAUUGUAACUAUGAGUACUAAACUAGAAAUAAUGUUGUCUUUUUACACAUCGUAAUUUAAUUAAAAUUCAAUUUUAAUUAAAAAUACUUAGAAGGAAAUAAAAUCCUUUGUAGCUUCCUCUUUAUAGAAAUUUUUCACUUCCUUUGCUUCCUUCAGAAAUGUUUUGAUGGCCAUAUGUACCUUGAGGCAUCCACUAAAACCAAAGUUUCUCUAUGGAAUACCCAGAAUGAUGCCAGGUGUCUUAUCUGCUACAGCUUUGUAAUAAGAGAUUAGCAGUGCUCAGUAUAAGCGGAGUGCAUUCAACCCCAGUUGCAGCAAUAUUUCUUUUUUUGUUUUCUCCCUACCCUCUUUUUCCCCUCCUCCCCCUCCUCCCUUCUGUUUUCAGGGACUUUUAUGAUUAUACCACUUUGGGUGUGCCCUGAAGGAUACUGAGGCUUCACAGCUCCCGUUGGCUGCAGUAGGAAGCACUGAGCACUUGGUAACUGUCAGGAUCAGACUGCUAUUUUAUUUUGAAAUAAAAUCUGCUUCACAAGUUUGCUUGUAAAUCUGCUACCUAGGUGCACAUGUAUAAAUAUUUUUUUUAUUUUUUAUUUUUAGAUAUUUUUGUUUGCUUUUUUCUUUUAAGAACUGAAAUAGAUCAGUGCCAUUUUCAAAGCUCACACUGUGGAUUGUACAACACUUAAAUGUAAACUGGUGCCUUUUUUUUUUUUUUUUUUAGAGUGUAAUUAAAAGCAAGCAAGUUAUUUACCUGGAAGAAGGGUGACAUUGCUUAACCAGGAGUGACUCAGUGCAGAAUGACAGAAUGUUGCUGUGUGAUAGCUUGGCCCUGUUGCGAUGGAUGGGGCAUUGUCCAGGCUCCCCCAUGCUCUAACAAGAGCUCUGCUUCAAUUCCCCUGUGAGACAGUGACAAACUAAAAUGCUUUAUAUAGGAAUUGAUGCUGCUACUCUGUAAAUGCCUGAGUGCUCUGAAUUACUGCUGUAGGAAUUCAAGUUGCCCGAAGUUAUUAACUGAACCUGUAAAAUUGAGGUGGACCUGGGCUCGGCUGUCCACUGGACCCUCCUGGCUGGAAAGGCAAACAGGCUUUCGCAGUGAACAGUUAAGUUUACGUCAAAGUGUCAAAGAUUUUUUUCCUUUAAAUGGGCUAUAUUUUGCCCUGGAUCUUUUACUAGGACUCCCUCUGGGGGAGUGCCUUAGAAAGAACAAGGAAUAGGACUUUGGCUUUACUGAACUGUAACAUGGAAGGAUUAAAUUGAAGUUUGGUGUUUUGGUUUUUUUUUCCCAGUUGCAAACUGGUUUCAUACUGUGCAUUCCAGAGGCAGAAGAUUCAAACUCCUUAAGGGCAUUAAUAGCAGGAAGGGCUUGUGGCAAAAUGCAUAACAAGUAAGAGUCGUAGUUACAUUAAAUAAAUACUGCUCACUCACUUUUUCCAAGUGCUUUUGUGAUCAGAAUUCAUUUCAUCAAAGGAAAUGUAGUUUUGAAAGAGAUGUUGCUUUCACAGCAUUUGUAAACUUUUUAGGUACAUUCCACCUUUGCAAGGCCAUGUACUGUAGUCGUUACACUGCCAGGGUUGUUGUUUGCAUCUAAGGCUACAGGUUGUAUUGUCUUUUUUUUUUUGGUCUAAAGGUAAUUUUAAAUACACAGAAUUGUAUGUGUAAAGUAGUUAAUUAUAAUUGGGAGGAAGAUUAUAUUUCAAGGUUAAUAUUGUGCAGAUACGAAGGACCUUAGAAAUAAGUAUAUAUUUAAUUCUGUUACAGAAAUGUAUUUCUAUAAUAAAAUAAUGUUGAUCAUACUAUGCCUUAAACUGUCACCACUGUAAGGCUUUUAAAGUUGAAAUAUAUGUACUUCAGAAUACUGCUAUAUUUUGGGAACAACCCUGAACAGCUAACACUGUAUUUUAUUUCAAGAUAUGUAACUUCACAUAAUUUCUUAAUUAUAUUGUGCAUAUUUUGUGUACUGAUCCAUUUGGUAACUCAGUGGAAAUUUCAUUGAGAAGGUUUUAUUUUUAGAAACUUGAAAAAAUCCAGGUUAAUGAAAAUUUGAUGCUUGAAGUGUACAGAAAUGUUCACAGCCCUUACUACUGGAAUUUAUAGCCUUGCAUCGAGAGGUACAAGCCUGGUGCUCUUUGUAAGCACCUAACUUUUGUAUUCUGCAAGACAGUAUUCUCUCCUGGCUCCCCUAGCUCAUUCCUUGGAGGGAGGAGUCACAAAUUUACUGUUAAUUUUGCAGAAGAAACCUUUAUAUCUGUGCUGUGAGCACAAACAGGUGUGUUGCAGUGUCCUGGAAUGUCAAUAUCUGAAGAAACCACAGUCUGCCGUAGCGUACGUCUGCCCUUCCUCCAGCUCUUGUAAGCAUUUAGCAGUGAAUCAACCAUCCUCGAGGACACCUAAGUUCUGUUUCAUGUAAGCUGCCUCCUUGUAUUCAGAACUUCUUAAAAAAAAAAAAAAAAGGGAAAAAAACUGCUACUAUGCCAGCCGUGAACAGGAAGAGCUCAUUGUUACAUUUCUUUGCUCAGUGGAAAAUUCCACACUUCAAUGACUAUACAACUGAACAUUAAUCAGCUAAUAAAUCUGUUAAAUUUUUUGUUACUUUAGUAAUGCUUUUCUGCACUCUUUAAGGAUUUUUGUAGACAGAAGGGAAACAAAGUAUUUAAGAUCUUAAAAAAAAAAAAAAAGCUACAAAACUCCCCUGUCCAAGCAGCCAAAAAAACCUUCCUAAAAAAAUCUCUGAAUAGAGAAUACCUACACAGGUUUAAGAAGAAUGGAAGCUCAUAGGCAGCAUUAAGGGAAAAGUGACCCUGUUACGUUUUUCUCUUACUGCUAUUAAAACAUGGGGAAUAUUUCUGUUUGAAAUUCUGGCACCUUCCAGCUGUGUAUGACUCUGUAACAUCCCUUAAAUGUACUUGUUUUCUUUUUCUGUUCUCUGCUUUGUUUUUGGUUUUUUUUAUUUACAUGUUGUAUAUAUUCAUUUAGAUAGAACAUUUUAGAGUAACAUACGUACAGGUAUAUGGUUCAGGUAUGGCAUCGUGGUUGCUGAUGUCUGCUGGUUCCUGGACAAUGAUACUAAGCAAGUAAGAUGCUGGGCAUCAUCAUACUUUGCUUGUGCUUUGGAUCUCUUAAUUUUUAAUAAAAUUUCACGUGCCCAGAG